CUCCUCCCCCUCUUCCUCCUCCUCCCUGAAGAUCCAGACGUGUUUUCACAUUGGAAACGUAGUUCGGAUCGCUGGAAGGAAGGGAGUGGAGCUUAGAAAGGUUUUUUUGUAUCCGUAUAUAGUUGAGCAACAUAAUCCAUCGCAGUUUGAGAACGAUUCAGGAACAGGGACAAAAGUAGCCUCACUGGAGCUGGAAUAAGACGCUUUAGGUUCAGCCGGGUUCACCGCUUUACUCCCGUGUUUCUGUACAUCUCCAACCAAAGGAAGCUUUUUCACGUAUUUCCGUUGGGGUUUUUUUAUGAACCGCUGCGCCCUGCCGGCACAUCGUGUGUUUGGACCCCUGCUGGAAGGCUUUCAACACCAAAUAUAGCUAUAUAUGCUAUUGGAUCGGAAUCUUGCAGCGCCGCCGAUAGUUGGUCGAAUACUUUUGAUCCUGAGGGGAUCUUUUGUCUAAUUGAAUGAAAAAGAUCAAUAUUUUCUUGUGGUUUUUUUUUUUUUUACAUAUUUUCUCAUUUUUUUCCCCGCUUGAGAUGCACGUUUGAAUCCCCGCUCAGAUUGCUCCUAAGAGAAGCCAUUUUUAACUAAGCUUCUGAUUUCCGACCCUGCCUGAAGCUCCCAGACCUGCUCCAGGCUGCAGCUUUAACCUGCUCACACACAUCUUGGUACGUUUUUUCAUCCCCACCCCUUUCUAUUGUUCUCUGACAGCCACCUCAGAGCCAUGGCUCGGGCUUGGCUUUCUGUGUCUGUGCUGGUUCUCGCUGUGUCGCUGUGCUGGGCCGGAGCCGGGGACGAGCAGGCCAAGGCGGAGAGGCCGCCGGUGGUCACCCUGCGCACCGUCAUCACGGGGACCUGUCAGGAGCUCCAGCGGUACGCAGAGUCUCUGGUGGGAGCAGGAGUGAUCCGCUCAGCUGCUGAGAGUGCUGUUUUGUAUCUUGAAUCAAUGAUGGGUCAGGAGAACGUCCAUACCUUGGCUAUGUUUCUGCAGACUGCGAUCCAAUUCUUGGCUGAAGGAGCAGCCAGUGGCCUGAAUGUCAUUGCCGUUUACGUCACCGAGAUCCUCAGAGUCACAGGAUUUGAUGUUGCGCUGACGUUGCCACGCUUCACCCCGGAGGGCGUGACCAGCGUCGCCCAGUGGGGUCUGGUGGGCCUCAUUGCAUACUGGAUACUGACUAUCCUCCUCCGUUUGCUGAUUGCCGUUUUCAAGCAGCUGUUCUGGGUCGUGAAAACCGUGUUGGCGCUCUGGCUUUUCGGACUUAUCGUGACUGAUAAGCACUCCUCCGCAGAGACCACAGCGAUUCGAGUGGGAAUCCUGGUGCUGGUAGUCGUCCUGCUCACUCUGUUCACUUCAGCCUCUGAGAAGUCUUCCAAUUUGGAGGGCCGGCUGAACAAACUGGAGGGCCGGCUGAGGGCAGUAGAGAGGAGAAAAGAGGAGUAGAGAUGGGUGAGGGUGGGGCAAAGGUAGUGUUAAUGCUGGCGCAGAAAGUGGCAACAUUUAAUGAUUUCUACAUUUGUGACAACUUUGGGAAAUAAAGUUAUCUCUGAGAUUUUUAA